AUGGUCGACUCAGCUGACGAGCCUCCGCUGUCAACUCGUCCACACUCAUGGGCUAAGAACACGACCCUCGCACCAGUGUCCCUCUACUCUCUUCGAGCGUCCCGUGACAACCGAGACCCUGUCCUCCCUACCAGUAGACCCCAGCCUGACGUCGAUUUUCCACGGCGCAAAGAUGCUGGCAACAGACCCUCUGCAGCUGGCCCUGCGACCUCAGACCGACCCCUCCACGAGAAGGAUAACGGGCAGCAAGACAUUCCGCCUAUGGACCAGGAAGGAGAUGGAACGCAAUCUUCCACCAUAGGGUCGACCGAGUCCAAGGCUAGACAGUCCUUGUGCAGCCGCAUUAUUCGAGAUGUCAAGCGCAUCAUCUUCUCCAGUUGGAUCAACUGGCUCCUCCUCAUCGUGCCCGUUGCCCUCAUUCUGGGAGCCCUGGUCGACUGGGGUCACAAAGACAUCGUGGACCCCACGGUUGUAUUUGCCCUCAAUGCUGUAGCCAUCAUUCCACUGGCUUCACUUCUGUCCUUUGCAACAGAGAGUGUAGCUAUCAGGAUGGGCGACACCAUUGGAGCGUUGCUAAAUGUGACCUUUGGCAACGCCGUUGAAAUCAUCAUUUUCAUCAUCGGUCUGGUCGCCAAUGAGGUCCGCAUUGUGCAGGCUGCCGCCAUUGGCUCCAUCCUUUCUAACCUGUUGUUAAUUCUGGGCAUGUGUUUCGUUGUGGGUGGUCUUCGCUUCCGUGAGCAACUGUACAACUCGACUGUCUCUCAGAUGAGUGCAUGCUUGCUCUGCUUGAGUGUUAUCAGUCUCUUACUGCCCACGGCUUUCCACGCCUCAUUUUCGGAUGCAGAUUCCGCAGACAACAAUGUUUUGAAGGUUUCCCGUGGUACCAGCGUUGUGCUGCUUCUAGUCUACAUCUUGUACCUUCUAUUCCAGCUCAAAUCACACGCCUUCAUGUAUCAGAGCACACCGCAGCAUCUCAUUGACGAAGAGUCGCACCCUGGUGUCCUCGCUGAUAUGUUGAAUUCAUCCAGCUCCUCUAGCGACUCGUCCACUUCUAGUUCUUCUGACACCGAUUCCAGUUCCAACUCACGUUCUACAGCAAAACGCUUCAAACGCGCUCUUCGCAGAAAGCGACGCAAGUCAACUUCAAGUACGAAGGACAAUGCUCCGGUACCAAUUAUCACCAGAAGUUCGUCGAAUAUGACCAACCAUGGUGGUUCCAUCACUCAGGCGACAUCUCCGGCUUCUCCCGAAUUGGAGUCAGUCAUCAGUGGCGACGAGGCCGACCUCGAUGGUGAAGGUCGACGCGCCCGCCGGAGGACUCGCACUGCCACCUUCCGCGUGCGCGAUUUCGAACCCGAAGUUCAACCAGACAAUGUCUCUGAGAAUUUCAAGAAGGACCGCAAGAUGUCCAAGACUUCCAGAAAGCUGAAACGUUCAAAAAAGGAAAAGCAAAGGGCGAAGCUAGCAGAAACGGAUAUGGAGAAAUCUCCCGUCACCGAGCCAGAAGUGAGGGAGCCUCCCAUCGUUGACCCAGCCCGCCUACAUGUUCCCCAGGUUGAAUUCUGCUCGAACGUUCAAGAGAUCCCUCCUGAGAAUCUCGCCAAACCCGGCUUCAAUAUUCGCAACUUGUCUGAUGCUGUGCGACCUGCGUUUAGUUCAUCUAUGUUUCCUCAUCACGGGGCCACUGGUAGACCGCUAGCAAUGCCUAUGCGACCCACCUCCCAACCGAGAUCAAAUUCCCGUGGUUUGCGUCGGACUUCCUCGAUGCCUGACAUUCUUCAUCGCACCACUUCGAGUCCUCGAACAUCACCUCUUUACCUCCAGCCGGUUCAGAAUACCGUUCCCGUUUCCGAGUCAGGGACAGAAGUGGAAGUGGAAGAUGUGGUCGAGCCACAAGCCCAUCUGUCUCGCACCUCGGCAGUCGUCAUGCUUCUGAUUACGACGGGUCUAGUAGCCCUCUGUGCCGAAUUUCUCGUCAACAGCAUAGACCAUCUUAUCUCGACGACCAACGUCAGCCAAGCCUUCGUCGGUCUGAUCAUUUUGCCCAUCGUCGGCAACGCCGCCGAGCAUGUGACCGCGGUGACGGUGGCCGCUAAGAAUAAAAUGGACCUCGCCAUCAACAUCGCCCUCGGCAGUAGUAUUCAAAUCGCGUUAUUUGUCACACCCCUAAUGGUCAUCCUUGGAUGGAUACUGGACCGCGAAAUGAGCCUGUACUUCAGCCUUUUCGAGGUGGUCAGCUUGUUCGCCAGUGCGUUCAUCGUCAGCUUCUUGAUGAUCGAUGGCCGUAGCAACUAUCUCGAGGGAGCGCUGCUGAUUGCUGCAUAUGUCAUUAUUGCCCUCAGUGCGUUCUUCUACCCCAAGUGUAACCUGAGCGCGAACACCGGCGCCAUAGAUGAUGGGCUCGGCUCCAGAUGCUAA